AUGAAGCUGUUACCUCAAUCGGCUUUUGCAUUGAUCGCAUCUUUUGUGUCCCUUACGGCAGCAAACUACGCUCCAUCCUAUGGCAAAUGUCCAUCUAAGAACGUUAUGGUUCCUCCUGGAGGACAAUCUGAGGGAUUGUUGAGGAAGAACACUUUGCUUUCUGAAAAUGAAUACGAAUGGGUCCAGGGUAGAAGAAAUAAAACCACUUCCAACCUCGUCGACUUCUUGAAUGGACUCAACUUGACUGACUUCGAUGGUGAUAACUACUUCGACGAUUAUUUUGAGAAUGGAAACGACAGCCAAUCCACAAUCAAUGUGGGACUCUCCUUCUCUGGUGGCUCUUUCAGGGCUUUGCUAACCGGUGCCGGAGAGAUAUCAGCUCUCGAUUCGAGAACGAAAUCUUCAGGAAAUUCGACCGGUUUGCAAGGAUUGUUGGAUUCUGCUGUCUAUCUUUCUGCACUUUCCGGAGGAUCUAUCAUGCUUUCUUCUUUGAUUUUCCAGAACUGGUCUUCUGUCGACCAAAUUCUCGACAAUAAUGAAAUUUGGAACUUUACUGAGUCUCCCGUGUCUACAGAUCUUACAUUCUGGGCCAAUCUACUUUCAGAGGCUAAAGUGAGAGAAACCGCCGGCUAUGAUAUAACCCUUAUCGAUCUUUUCGGUCGGAUUUUAUCGAAGUAUAUGUUUGCUAACUAUGAAGAUGACGGUGACGAUCUCGCCUGGUCAGAAAUCCAAACAAUGGAUGCCUUCGUUGACCACGAGAUGCCAUAUCCAAUGAUUCUUGCCACUGGUGGAGUCGAUUCCAACAUGUCAGACUUUUCGUAUAAUGUGUUUGAGAUUUCUCCUUAUGAGUUUGGUUCCUGGUCUCCAUUUGUUGGUGGUUUCACUGAAAUGGAGUAUUUGGGUACCUCCUACAAGGCCGGUAAGCCAGCUAACUCUUCCAAACAAUGCACUGUGAAGUUUGAUAAUGCCGGCUUAAUGGUGGCUUACUCAUCUGAUUUCAUUGCUGCCUGGUCCGAAUACUUGCCAGAGAUCACCAGUGGUAACCAAACCGCACUUGACGCACUAACGGAUAGUGAAAGUGGAACCAUGCUCGGAUCUAGUUUCAACGUCUCUGUCAGCACGUUGAGUUCUUUGUUCAACAUGGUGAAUACAGACACUCAGGAUGUUUUAUAUGCACUCAUGGCUAAUCCUUUCUUUGAAUCCACCUUGCCAUCCAACGAGUCCGACAUACCCUCAAAUAAAACGUUGAAGUUGGUUGACGGCGGACUCUUUGAUGAAGGUGUUCCCAUGGAUCCCUUCUUGGUUCCUGCUAGAGAGGUGGAUGUAGUUUUUGCCUACGAUAAUAGCGGUGAUACCAACGACACCUGGCCUGACGGCACUUCUUUACUUGCUACUAAGCGCAGAUGGGAAAAAUCAUUCCCUGACGAUAAUUUCUAUGAUAUUCCAGACAGUGCAGACGAUUUCAUUGCUCAAGGAUUGAACACUCGUCCUGUUUUCUUUGGAUGCAAUGGUACUUCGUUGAUUACAGACGAAAUUGAAGGAGAUAACGCAGAUGAAUUUAACUACAUGAAACCUUUGUUGGUGUAUAUUCCUAACACAAAUAUGACAGAACUAUCAAAUACCUCUAGGGUUGUUUUCACCGACGAGGAGCGGGACUCAAUGAUUCAGGGUGGCUUUGAAGUGGCCACCAGAUUGAAUUUUACUUUGGAUGAUGAGUUUGCACAAUGUGCAGGAUGCGCCAUCUUAAGACGGUCUAUGGAGAGGAGAAACACCGAUUUUGGAAAACAAUGCCAAAGAUGCUUUGACAAAUAUUGCUAUGAUAGUGGUAACGAGAAUACCCAAAAUCUUGAUGAAGAAAACCUACCAACAUCUUUGUAUGGUAAUGGUAACGGCAGUACUGCUUCAAGCUCUGCUACGGGUACAGCUACAGGUACAGCUACCUCUUCAGCCACUACAACUUCUACUUCAUCCUCCAAAGGUGGUGCUGAAUCUAGCGUUAAUCCAAAACACUCAUUCUGGCUAGGAUUGAUGGUUAUGAUGCUAUGGCAAUUGUAA